AUGUCACCAAGGAGUUUCGCCGUGGUGCAUGGUGGGGCAGAACUGGUGAUGCCAGCAGGACGAACUCCACGAGAACUGAAAAAGCUUUCUGACAUAGAUGAUGAAGAGGGGCUACGUUUUCACCUUCCUGUGAUCAUGUUCUACAGAAAUGGUUCAGUUGUGGAAGGAAAAGAUGUUGGUAAGGUUAUAAGAAAUGGUUUAAGUAAAGCACUAGUGUACUAUUACCCUCUUGCUGGUAGACUGAGAGAAGGGCCUAACAGAAAGCUUAUGGUGGAUUGCAAUGGUGAGGGGAUGUUGUUGGUGGAAGCUGAGGCUGAUGAUUCACUGAGGGAGUUAGGUGAUAAGAUUCUUCCACCCUGCCCUUACAUGAAGGAGUUUCUUCUUGAUGUUCCUGGAUCACCACGCAUUCUUGGAACCCCUCUCUUGUUUCAGGUAACCCGUUUAACAUGCGGAGGAUUUGUUUUCGCCGCUCGCAUGAACCACACAAUCUGUGACUCAUUGGGGUUGGUGCAAUUUCUGACCAUGGUGGGUGAGAUUGCAAGAGGUGCUUCCAUAACCCAGUUCCCUGUGUGGCAAAGAGAGUUAUUCAGUGCAAGGAACCCACCAAGAAUCACAUGUGCACACAACGAAUAUGAAACCCAACAUUGCCAGAAAGAAACAUGGGACACCCACGAAAUGGACCAUGGAUCAUUUUUCUUUGGUCCCAAAGAGAUUGCAACCCUUCGGAGUCACCUUCCCAUGCACCUCCAAAAUUCUUCAACUUUUGAGGUGCUCUCUGCCUGUUUGUGGAAAUGUCGAACCAUAGCACUUGGGCUCAAACCCAACGAGACUGUGGGCUUGUCACCCUUUAUCACUGCUCGAGGCAAAUUGGGCCAACAAGUGCCCAAUGGGUAUUAUGGCAAUGCCUUUGCCUUCCCAAUGGCUCUUGCCAGGGCUGGGCCUUUGUGCCAAAACCCAUUGGGGUAUGCAUUGGAGUUAGUAAAAAAGGCAAAGGCUCAGAUGGGUGCAGAAUAUGUCAGUUCUGUGGCUGAUCUUAUGGUUCUAAAGGGUCGACCCAAGUAUAGGACUGAAGGGAACUACCUUAUUGGGGACACUACUCAUGUGGGGUUCUAUGAAGUGGAUUUUGGGUGGGGGAGUCCUAUAUAUGGAGGACCUGCUGGGGCUAUACCUUUUGUUAGCUUCUAUGGACGUUUUAGGAACAGUGAAGGAGAGGAUGUAAUUGUGGUGCCAAUUUUGUUGCCACACCAUGUCAUGAGGAGGUUUCUCUCUGAACUGGUAAAGAUCACAAACAAGGACCCUAUGGACUUUUCUGAUGAGAAUAUGCCAAAUAGGUCCAUGCUGUAUGUGAGAACCUGA